AUGCCUGAGCCAGCGAAGUCCGCACCUAAGAAGGGGUCCAAGAAGGCCGUUACUAAUGCUGCGUUCCAGCAUAAAACCGCCGGAAAGGGCGGUAAGAAGCGCAAGAGGUCCAGGAAGGAGAGCUAUGCUAUCUACGUCUACAAAGUCCUGAAGCAGGUUCAUCCUGACACCGGGAUUUCCUCUAAGGCCAUGGGGAUCAUGAACUCUUUCGUCAAUGAUAUUUUCGAGCGUAUCGCCGGUGAGUCCUCUCGUCUCGCUCACUACAACAAGCGCUCCACCAUCACAUCGAGAGAGAUCCAGACCGCCGUGCGUCUGCUGCUGCCCGGUGAACUCGCCAAACACGCCGUGUCUGAGGGAACAAAGGCCGUCACCAAGUACACCAGCUCCAAAUAAAUCUGUUGAGGCUUUCAAUACCCCAAAGGCUCUUUUAAGAGCCACCCA